AUUUUAUUCUGUACUUUUUAUUCGUAUUUAUAUAUCAAACAUAAAUACAAUAUGAGUCAGGAAGAAAUAGCUCUGGCUCUACAACAUGCUGAACAGUGGUCUCCUCAUGACAAUAUCAAUCCUUUACGACAAUUGAUUUCACAGUCUACCUAUUAUACUUACAUUGGUGAACGUUCCCUUGAUAGUUUUAUAGAUCUCUUUAAAGCACUAACAGAAGACAAAGAUGGAAUAUUUGAAAACAAAAACAUCGAUAUUCGACUCUUCUUUAUCAAUUCUAUGAAAACACAGGAUGUCAAUCUUGAAUGUAUGGAAGAAGCAAAACGUGAAGAAGAUCAACCCAAAAUUGCCUCAAGGAAAGCCAAUCUUAUUGCUAUGAUUAAAGGUGUUAUUGAUGCCAAUAUUUUAUCAGAUGCUGAUUGUAAAGUACAUUUCUCUAGUCAGUUAUUGGAAAGUGCAAAGGUGAUACCAAGCAAAUCCAUUUUUGAUCGUCGACUUAUUCGUAUGAAUACUGCCAUGUUGUAUAAACAAAACAAAUUCAAUUUAUUGCGCGAAGAUGCUGUCGGUUAUUCUGCUCUCAUUAACGAUAUUAUCAUUGGAAGUAUUGAUUUGGAACGUGACGAAUUCGGUCGACUACCUCCCACUCCCUUAGAUAGAGUUCCUAGAUUUUUGGAUAUUAUCUCAUCACAUAUCGGCAAUUUCCAUCUUGAUCCCAACCGGGUUUUGGAUAUAUUACUCGACUUUUUUAUCAAGGAAGUCUUACUCAAUUUCACCUUCUGGAUUGAACUAUUUAAACAGUCCGCUUGGAUUCGACAAUUGACUUUAUCGCCAUUGAACAAUAAUGAUGACAAGGAAUCUUCAACAACAAAUGAUAACAUUAACCACAGUACAGUCAUGGCUCACCUUCUUGGUUUCAAAUUUGAAUAUUAUCACACUUUAGAAAUCUCCCAAGCUCCUCAAGAACUUUAUUAUUCUUGUGCUCUUUUGAUUCAAAAUGGUUUGAUUCAAUUAGGUGAUUUGUUACCUUAUUUAGCUCCCAGUGAACAAGAAACAGAGAAGCUCAAGUCAGAAUACAUGGAAAACAUGAAUAAGGAAAUCAAAACCAACAGUGGUGGAUUGCUGGCUCAAUAUGGUGCUCUAGGUGAAGAAGGUACAACCAAAAAAGCGGCAAAAUCAGCAAAGGAUUUGGAUGAUGGGGAAUCUGCAACUCUAUCACGUACCUAUGAUGCAAAUGAUAUAGUGGAAUUGGUCAAAUCUCUUCUCUCUAUUGGUGAUAUUGUACAUUCUGAAGAAAUAUUAUCAAAGUACAACAAACUAUGUGACAUGUAUCCAGUACUGGCUCAUUAUAUAUACCGUCUUUGUUCUGUGAUCAUUGAACCUAGCUAUCAACACUAUGUCCCUGAUGAUCUCAAAGCUCGAUCAACUUACUAUAUGGAGUGUGCACAACAAUCGGAAUUAAAGGCUGUACUGUCAACAGGAAAAGGGAAGAUUCCACGAUUACCCAAACUCACUACUAUUUAUGUACUGGAUUGUCUCAAAGAUGGUUCUCAUGAUCUGAAGAAGAAACAAAUACAUCAAUUUUUUUAUACAAAAUGGGCUGAUCAAUUGGAAACUGCAACAACUUACGAUGAACUCUUGACGCGACUCAUGCCUGUUAUGCGAUUGGCUGGAUACCGUGCCUAUUUGGCCCCUCAACUUUUCCAAAAACUGUUACAAGUAGUUUCAGCUCUAUUCGAACGUGGUGAAGCUGUUCCAGAUUCUGAACAACGAAACGUAUGUACCAUCAUGACUCGUGAAUUCUUCCUUCCUGCUAUUUCAUUCAGUGACUGCAAUCCUGGUCUUAUGGCGAAUGUAUGGGAAAUAUUGGAAUUAUUUACCUUUCAAGAACGAUGCCGACUCUAUGGUGAAUGGGGAAACGACUUUUAUAAGAAAACCAUCGAAACCAAACUACUCAAGGCUCGCGUCGAACGAAAUGUCAAAUCAGUUAUGAGACGUGUAUCCAAAAAUGAUGUUCGUCAAUGUGGUCGUGACCUUGGCAAACUUGCUCAUUCAAAUCCUACUAUUGUCUUUUCUGUCAUGUUGGAUCAAAUACAAUCAUUCGACAAUUUGGCUCCAUACAUGGCGGAUGCAUGUCGAUACAUGAGCAACUUCUCUUACGAUAUUUUGGGCUAUUAUAUGACUGAAAAAUGGACUGGCUCUCAAGGUGCUGGUCGUAUGAAGAAAAUCAAGAUGAAAGAAGAUGGAAUCACAUCGUCAUGGUUACGGGCAUUAUCUGUUUUUGCUGGUAUGCUAUACAAGAAGCAAGGUAUAGAUCCCACCCCUCUUAUUCGAUAUCUGAUUUUCCGACUUCAAUACGACGAUUCGGUGGCUGAUCUGGUUCUCUUUAACGAAUUUGUGACGAAACUUUGUGGCAUCGAAAUUAUUGGUAGUACUUUGACGGAUGAUCAAAUUACAUCUGCUGGUUGUAGUGAUGCAUUGAAAGCUGAAGCAUUCCAACCCAUUUCAAACGACAAUCGAAAAGCGACAAAACGAGUGAUUACAAGAUUGAAGGAUACUUUGAAAAAGGACAAUGCUGCUUUGGAACUUUUGGUACUACUCUAUCGACUGAGUGAAAGCUGCUCCUCUCAACAAGAUAUCAGCACGCGUGAACGGGUGAAGCGACUGGAUCAAGUACAACAAACCAUCCUUCAAUAUACUGAACUUUUGACAACUGUAUUUGACCAAGCUGAAUAUAGUGCAUUGAUUCCUGGCAUUGAUGUACUGUUCAAGGACUAUGAUCUUCCCUAUAAUGUGGUGAUGCAAAUUAUGCGCCCCAAGACACGUUAUCUUUUACACAACAAUAUGGACACUGACACCAAAGAGGAUGAAAUACCACCUGUUAUGCAGCCCAUUAUUCAAGCCGUACCGUCUUUGAUGCCGAAUAGUGAAAUCUUUGAAAUCAUCACAGCUGAAUUCUUUGUCAUGUUUUGGCAACUUGAUUUAUAUGAUAUCCAUUGUCCAGUCAAACACUAUGAAGCCGCCAUCAAACGAUACACAGAUACAAUCAAUCAAUGCCGAGAUCCUCGAUCAGUCAUAUGCCAAACAAAUAGGCCAUCUGUGGUGACAAAAAUGGAACGACAAGCUCAAGCUAGCCGUGAUGCUCUAGAAGCUGAUCUUCCCAAGCAUCAACAAGACGUGGAAAAUACUAUGAAAAUGCUCAAGGCCUCUCAUUCACGAUGGUUUGUCAACAAGGUGGAUAGAAUCAUCCUUAUUAGAUGUAUUCUUCAAUAUUGUCUCUAUCCUCGUAGUGUCAUGUCUGAAGUGGAUGCUGUCUAUUGUUACAAGUUUGCCAUGAUCAUGCAUCAACUCAAUGUCAGCAAUUUUUCAAGUUUGACUCUGAUUGAUCAAAUCCUUUGCGAAAGUUUGCCUGCUACUCUGAUGACAUUUACCGAUUACGAAACAACUAUUCAUGCUCGAUUUAUAUUCAAGACCUUUUCCAAAAUGUCACGAUGGUACAAGGAUGAAAAACUAUUCAGUGAAGAAGCUCAUGGUGAAGGUUUGAUUGGAUUUCAAAAAAGCUGGGUGGUCCAGAUGUCUCAAGAAGUACCUAAAAAGGAUCUCCUCUGUCACGCUGAUUUCAAACGGGUAAUGGGAAAAUGGCAUCAAAAAUCAAGUCAAUUCUUUGAACAAGCUCUACGAUCCGGUGAUUCUCAUCAGAUACGAAAUACUUUUUUGAUUCUUCGACAAUUUAUUCCUCACUUCCCUGCUAUCCGUGAACAUGGCGAAGCAUUAGUCAGUGCAACUCAAUUUUUGGCAACAACGGAAAAACGGGAUGAUCUCAAAGUGUUGGCACGAAGUUAUCUUGGUCUCAUUGAAAAGAAUCGAUCACGUUGGGUUAGCAAGAAUCACUUUAAUGGUCAACCAGAACCUCCUACUUCACCACCAUCUACAAAACAAACAUCAACAUCACAAUCUCAACCGCAAUCAACAUCAAAACCAUCAACCCCUCGACAAAAUCAUCACCGUCAUCAUGAUGAAGAUCGUACGUUGGAUAAUACAACCUCAACAUCCAGCAAUGGAACAAUCACGGACAAUACAGCUAGCAACGAUCGUAAGCGCUCCAACAAGGACGAUAUCCCUUCAUCACUCUCUAGUCGAUCUUCCUCUUUUACCACUGGAGGUGGUGUCAAAAGACUUCGCAGUGAUGAAAUGCAGUCAUCUUCAUCUCGUCGUGAUAUUCCAAGUGAAAGCCGUCAUGUUAGCAGCAGCAGCUCUAGUCGUUAUCAUCGAACGGAUGCAACUUCUUCAUCAUCAUCAUCAUCAGGCCGACAUUCUCCAAGGGGCUCUUCUAGUCGUGGCGUGGAAAUUGUGUCGACAUCAAUAAGUUCUACAACAAGGGAAGGUAUCAGGAUACGUGAUCAAGCAAGGGAUGCUAUUCGUGAAGCAGCAAGGGAUUCAUCAUCAAGAUCAUCUCAACCGACGAUUUCAACAACAUCAUCACACUCAGCGUCAUUGACAGCCAGCAAUCACAACUCGCCAACUUCUACCAAGGAAAGCACAAGGGAGUCAAGGCGAUCAACAAAGGAAGAUCGAUCCAGUACUUCACGUAGUCAUCAUCGUGAUCUUCAACAAGAAUCAGUUAGGGACGACCGACGUGGCGUUACUACCGGCAGUAGCAGUACCAGCAGCAGUAGUUCUCACCCAGUGGCAUCCUCUUCUUCAGUGACUUCAAGUGGACGCAAACGUGCAAUUGAUGAUGAAAAGGAAAAACAAGCUCGCGACAAGAUAGAUAAACGAUACAGAACCGACAGGCAUUCAAGGGAUGUUCGACGGGAAAAGGAUCGUAGUGGAAAGGACUAUCGUGACAAGAAACGCAAUCGCAGAUGAUCUAGUUAGUUGAUAUUUUGUUUUUCUUUUUUUUAUAUAUAUAUAUAUAUAAUUUAGUUAUUUUUAUUGUGAAUAAAGAC